AGGUGGGCAGUGUGGCGCGUCCAGCGCGUGCGGGGCCGGUUUGAGUGACGGGGGGCAGCUGUGGAGCUGGAAGGAGAAUUUCUCCCCUGUGACUGCGUGCGCGGUUGUGGAGCGCCCGAUCCGGAGGCAACGUGAGGAGCGCGCAUACCUCCAGAAAACGGACCAGAAGACUGCGCUCGACAGCUGAGGCGUUUGUAAGCAAAGACGCCGGGGGACGAGGUGAAUAAUUCAUCUUCAACAGGGCCAAGGAGAUCUCUAAAAAAGCCACACGACUUGGGGGUCCAUAGCAUGGGAGCGCUAUGUUGUCCAGGAAAGGACUCAUUCCAGAGGAUUAUUUGCUGACACGUCUGGCUGAGGAUGUGCUGCGGCCAAAGUGUUUCAAGGCCAAACCGGGGAAAGCACGGUUCGUCACCAAGAACGGCACCUGCAAUGUAGCGCACACCAACAUCAGAGAACAAGGUCGAUUCUUGCUGGACGUCUUCACCACUCUCGUGGAUUUAAAAUGGCUCCACACGCUCAUCAUUUUCACCAUGUCAUACCUGUGCAGUUGGCUCCUUUUCGGGAUGAUCUGGUGGCUCAUCGCGUUCGCGCAUGGCGACCUGGACCAGAGGGGAGACGACUUUGUCCCGUGCGUAACGGACAUUCACUCCUUCUCCUCCGCUUUCCUCUUCUCGAUAGAGGUCCAGGUGACUAUCGGCUUCGGGGGCCGGAUGGUCACAGAGGAGUGCGUCUCCGCCAUCGUCGUCCUGAUCGUGCAGAACAUCGUCGGACUGCUCAUCAACGCCAUCAUGCUCGGUUGCAUCUUCAUGAAAACCGCGCAGGCCAAUCGGCGCGCAGAGACGCUCAUUUUCAGCAAGCACGCAGUCAUCUCCGUCCGAAACAACAAGCUGUGCUUCAUGAUCCGGAUCGGCGACCUGAGGAAGAGCAUGAUCAUCAGCGCCACCGUGCGGUUGCAGGUGGUCAGGAGAAGCACCACCGAGGAGGGCGAGGUUCUGCCUCUGGACCAGAUCGACAUCCACAUGGAUAACCCGGUGGGCACCAACGGCGUCUUCCUGGUGUCCCCGCUGAUCAUCUGCCACGUGAUCGACAAGGACAGCCCCCUGUACGAGUUGUCCGCUUGUGACCUGCAGUACGACGACAUCGAGGUGAUCGCGGUGCUGGAAGGGGUGGUGGAGACCACGGGCAUCACCACCCAGGCCAGGACCUCCUACGUGUCGGAGGAGAUCCUGUGGGGGCAGCGCUUCGUGCCGACGGUCUCCGCGGAGGACGGCAUGUACGCCGUGGACUACUCCAAGUUCGGGAACACCACGAAGGUCCCCACGCCGUGCUGCAGCGCCAAAAAGCUGGACGAGGCGGGCGGCAUCGCUCGGUUUAAACUAAGCGAGGGCGUCACCUUGCGGUCGACUGUGAGAAGGCGGCGCGGCUCCGCGGGGCCCCGCAGGUCAAAGAAGGAGCCCGAGUGACCGCACGGCCCACGCCGUGCUGCAGCUGAUGAACGCGUGUGGUGGAGAAGCUCUAAUCAAUCAUCCUCAUGGGAUGUGCGUGUUUUCGUUCAGGGUCACAGAAUUGAGCCAGAAGGAAAAGGAAGUGCGGUUUGGUUGCAUCUGAUCGUUUUUUUAAAUCUAUAAUUAUGAGUGCGUGCAUGUUUUUAAAAGUAAUAAAGGUGAAUUAUUCA